CCGCCUCUUUGCCUAUAACACGCGUGCUUUGCGCGCUCGAUUGAGGCGCCCGCGCGAUGCGUGGGCCAUUUGCACUUUCAAAUCGAACACCUAUCGCACCAGCUCUGGCGCACGCAACUUAUCGACGUCCAUAAUCAGCGCGCGGGGCCUGCAGCAUGGAUGCGUGGGCCACGCAACGCAAGUCUCGCUAACGAUUGCUUAUGAGGACCUGCCUCUGCAUCUCUCCACUUUGCUUUGGCCGCUGCAGCUUGAUCGCUCUUCGGGAAUUGCGCCGCUUGCCUUGUUGCUGCAUCUAUAUACACUGUAUCGUGGGGACUAGCUGUGCGGCUAUGCAUGCAUGCAGGUGUAGCAUCAGCCCUCGAGAUAAGCAGCGUGAGUCAAGAGUGUCGAGUCUUGCGUCUCGAGUCUCGGGUACCGGUGUCAGUAGUAGUCACGAGUGUAUCCUGUAUCAUAGGUCGCUUCUCCACGCUGCCCAAGGUCCACCCUCGACUGCUCACAUUCGAACCCGUGCAGACGAACCGCAGCGCUCGCGCACGUACAGAGUACUCCUCGUUGCGACGACGAACCAAAGGCGCGCGGCAAACAGGUAAGCUUGCGUAGGCGGAGAAGGGCGAGCCCGCUUGAACAGGGGGGCAAUUCGUAUCUCGGGAAAUCAGGACCUCGACGUCCCCGACUCGGACUGUAGGUACAGUAGCCCCACACUAGCGCGUUUUUUAGCGCGCGCUUGGCGAAAGCUUUCUGUAUCUCUAGCGCAGCAUGAAUCACGAAUGAGCCCGCGG